UAGUUGUGGUGUGCUCUGAGAGUUAGACGAUAUAAGAACUACGCUGCGGUGCCUUUUAUCUAAAUACACGUAUGAAUCGAAUACAUUGUGACGCUACUUUCUCGUUUCGUGCACCCAUGUUGGGUUGAGCUGGUGUCAACACGUCGGGACGUCAUGCUGUGUAUCAUUGGCCUUGUCCCGGGGACUGCUUUACCACCUGCUGGGAAUAAUGGCCGAUAAGACAGUUGCCCUGCCUGAUGCAUAGUUUCCAUGCGACUACGGAAAGAAAUCGGCGCUCAAUCCACAAAACGGAGCCGUUGUGCGCAGCGCAAAAUGCCGUGUGCACUGAAUCAUGCAGUGCCAGUCAUAUACCACUCCAUUUGAAGCAGCUUCAGAUGAAAAAAGGAACUACACAAGAUGGGUCAACGUGGCUGAACCCCUAUUUAACAGUGAAUUUGUUGAAAGAAAGAAACUGCUGUGAAAAAAGGGCAUUUGUUGCUGACUACGGAAGAAAAGCCCCGCGAAGAGAUACCAGCCCACUGCAAGCGAUUCCUUACUGGCCGGUUCUGGGAGCGAAAUGAACUCUCCGCAUCCCCAGAUAAACGUGGUCAGUGACGCCGUGGGAGUGUUGUGCGUGGCGAAUGACGCGUAGUUGGUGCUAUCGAAGUCGUUUGGCGGAAAGAAUUCCUCAGAUUACUUUCAGCAGUGAUGUUGAAAAAAAAACCGCCUUGACAUCAAGGAUUUUUCACUGGUCGUACGUGGUUGUCAACGCGCUGAGAGUGACAGCGAAGAUGAACAAUCAGCUGCUGGCUCACGAGCAGAGAGUUGUACUUCACGUCCCGUCAAGCAUUAAUGUUUUUCACGCUCGUAAGUCACUGUGAUUGUAUUUAUUGUAUAAUAUCCUUCAGCGAG